GUAUGUGAUUCAAAGUAUAUUGAAUCGACAAAUUCAAGUAAAACUCCAAAAAUGAAUUACAAACACAUUUCCAAAGUUUUUAUUUGCAUUCAAUCAAUAGUUUUGAUUGAAACAACAUUUGGUUUUGAAUUGACCACAAAUGGGUCUUCAUUUGUUAUGAAACUCCAAACCAAUCGGGAAUUACAGCCAUUGAUUGUCGGGGGAGAGGAUGCUAUAGACGGCGAGUUCCCAUAUCAUGUGUCCUUCCAGAGGGUCUCAUCUCAUAUAUGCGGCGCUUCUAUUAUAAGCCCCCAAUGGCUGGUGACGGCCGCACAUUGUAUUCAGGGAUGGACGGCCAAUGUAUUUUCCAUACGAUAUAAUAGUAUAUUCCAUGAGAUGGGUGGUCAUGUGGUUCAAGUACUAGAAGUAGUCACUCACCCGGCCUAUAGUGAGGCCACAUUUGACAACGAUAUCGCUCUUAUCAAAACCAUUACUCCAAUAGAUUUUAGCACUACUAAUGCCAAACCAAUAGCACUUCCCAAACAAAACUCAGACAUAACAGCAACAGAAAUGGUGACAAUAACGGGUUGGGGUUUUACCAAACAAGAGGGACAGUUGUCACCCAUAUUGCAGAAGAUUACAAUUCCGGUCGUCGACAGAAACGUUUGCAAACAAACAUUUAAAUUUUAUAAUGAAAUCACUAAUAAUAUGAUUUGCGCCGGUCUGGCACAGGGAGGGCUAGACUCGUGUCAGGGAGAUUCUGGAGGACCUGCUGUCUGGAAGGGCACUCUUGUAGGUGUCGUUUCGUGGGGUUUCGGACAGACGUGCGCUCAGCCCGGAUAUUAUGGAGUCUAUACUAGAAUUGCUAAUUAUAUCGAUUGGAUCCGUAUUAAGACUUUUCUUUAAGUACUUAUAAAUAUCUAAAAUAUUAUAUAAUAUAAAUCUAAUAACAAUUAUAUUUUUUUAAUAAUUAAAUAUAAAUUUAGUAUAUAUUGUAUUGGUG